GAAGCUGCAGAAGCGGCUUGCCGCGUCCAUCCUGGGAUGCGGCAAGCUGGAUCCCAACGAGACCAAUGAGCUUUCCAUGGCCAACUCGCGCUUCAACAUCAGGAAGAUGAUCAAGGAUGGCCUGAUCAUCCGCAAGGCAGUGAAGAUGCAUUCGCGCUCCCGG